AUGGGAACCCAGCCAGAAACUGAGUCCUUUGAGAUGACCAACCGACCAGUAUCCCCUCUCAGUGUAGUGACAGAGGAAGACGACCCUGAAUCUGUUGACACCGCUUCAAGUGGAACCCCCAAGCCGGAAGAUACUCAACGCGGCGCUCAAUCGGACAACGAUGGACUGCUAGCACCAAGUCCAAAGGAUAAGAUUACAGAAGAAGCCGCAUCAGUACACGCGGACUGCCCUCUCAAAAAACAUGUCCUAUACUCCCUGAUAAUAAUUGCGUUCAUCGGCUCAGCUUCUCUCAUCUGUAGUUGCUGGCUCAUCGCAUAUAUCCAAGUCAAGACAGACAGAAGCUACAUAGCAGCCGUCAUUGUAGGAGGCAAUCUCUCGUCGACAGAAGCCAAGCUAAUUGACGCGGCCUUCUCCAUCCUCGUGGCGCCAGCCGUUGUCGCGGUCGCCAAUUGGCAUAUGUUUAAGCUUGCUCGUCUUUCUGCUGUCAACGAGCACAGCGGAAGAAACUCAGCUGUGAGCAUGAAGGUCCUCGUCGAAGUUGCCAGCACAGACUGGGGGUCCUUUAGCCCACUCAAGUUUUAG